AGCGUUUCUUUGUUCUCCUUCAAACUGCCAACUGCUUUGUGCCCGUGAGUAAAAGGUGCCGCCUCGAUCAUCCAGUCUGCAUUCACGCAUCGCCUCGUUUGUUUCACGUCGUUGCGUGCAUUUCAAAGAGCCUCAAGCCCGUUUUCGCUCAGCGCAAAUCGUUGUUCACCGCUGCCUGAUCACGCGCUUCUCCAGAUUCAUCAUGCCGUCACUCAAGGAGCAGCUGGACCAGAUGGUGAAGGAGGUGCAGCCGCAGGUCAUCGAGUGGCGCCGCCACAUCCACGCCCACCCGUGCCUCAGCCACCAGGAGGGCCCCACCGUGGCCUACGUGCAGGACAUCCUUCGCUCCUUCUCCGACAAGCUGAUCAUCACCAACCCCACGGAGCACAGCAUCCUGGCGGACCUGAAGGGCGGCGCCGGCGAGGGUCCGAUGAUCGCGCUGCGUGCGGACAUGGACGCGCUGCCGCUGGAGGAGCUGACGGAUGUGCCCUUCAAGUCUCAGAACCCCGGCGUGAUGCACGCGUGCGGGCACGACACGCACACCGCAAUGCUGCUCGGUGCCGCAAAAGUUCUCUGCGCUGUGCAGGACAAGAUGAAGGGCACCGUGCGCUUCGUGUUUCAGCACUCCGAGGAAGCAAGUCCCAGCGGUGCGAAACAAAUGGUGGCGGCCGGUGCGAUGCAAGGUGUGGACAUGGUCUUUGGACUGCACAACGACCCCAGUUUGGCGGUAGGCCGGGCUUCAUCACGCCCGGGCAUCGCCUCCAGCGCGGUGAUCGACUUCAACAUCACUGUGCAUGGCAAGGGCGGUCACGCGUCGGCGCCGCAGCUGUGCACGGACCCCAUUGUGAUCGCCUCCGACAUCGUGAUGAACCUGCAGACGAUCGUGUCGCGGCGCAUUGCUGCGUCGAAGGUGCCGGUGAUCAGCGUGACGACGCUGCAGGCCGGCACGGGCAGCUUCAACGUGAUUCCGGACACCGCGAACAUCCGCGGCACCAUCCGUGCUCUCAGCGAUGAGGGCGAGCGUGACGCGCCGCGGAUGCUGGAGAAGACAGCGAACGCCAUUGCUGGGCUGUACGGCGCGACGUGCACCUUUGAUUGGCCCGAGGUGGUCUACAGCAUGCGCAACGAUCCGAAGUGCUUCGAGAUCAUGAAGAAGGUGUGCAUGGAGAAGCUGGUCCGGUGGCCCGGCGUCGUUCACUGA